CAUCCUAUUUCCUGCAGACGGCCGCUCUUUCCCAACGUCACUUCCAGGAGCGCGUGUAUCUUAUGUAUCGGCGUAUUUCACAUUUUUCCUCCGUGAAGCUUUCGGGCCGAGGGGAUCCAGAACAGAAUCUCCGGGUGAAACGUCUACUUAGCAGAAAUGACGGAGGCAGAAGUAAAUCCAAAAGCUUAUCCUCUUGCUGAUGCUCAACUCACCAAGACACUACUGGAUCUUGUACAGCAGUCUUGUAACUACAAACAAUUACGCAAAGGAGCCAACGAAGCCACUAAAACUUUGAAUAGAGGAAUUGCAGAAUUCAUUGUGAUGGCUGCAGAUGCUGAACCUCUUGAAAUUAUCCUUCAUCUCCCACUACUUUGUGAAGACAAGAAUGUGCCCUAUGUGUUUGUGCGUUCCAAGCAAGCCUUAGGACGGGCAUGUGGUGUUUCUCGGCCUGUUAUUGCCUGUUCCAUUACUAUCAAAGAAGGCUCACAACUCAAGCCUCAAAUUAAUUCUGUCCAACAAUCUAUUGAAAGACUAUUGGUCUAAAUCUGUCAGAAGUAACUCAAAAAAUCAAGACUGUAUAUGCAUAUUUUGUUUAAUAGCUAUUGCUUUACAAUGUAAGUCAUGUUCUUAUAAGAUGGAUGGCCAUAUAAAUGAUUAAUAAAUGUUUAUUAGGUUUCUAAA